CUUCGUAGUAAACAAUACUACACAACAAAAUUGAAAUUGACAAGAACCAAACCUAAAAAUGAAGUUUACUUUAAUCCUAUAUCGAUCUUGACUGGGUUUGAUCAGAAUAAUUUCCAAAAACAGAGGGAAAGAAUUAAUUUUUGUAAAAAAGAAUUAAAAAAAAUACUAGUACGUACUCCAGUAAAUAAAUAUUUUGUUGUACCUUCUAGAGUUCUAGACCAAAACCCCAUUUCAAUUUCUUCACCUGACUUUGGUCUUCAACCUCUGCAAACUGCCCAUAAAUCAGAUGGUUAGAAUUUUACUUAUAAAUUAAAAAAUGUUUUCAUAUUUAGUUUCAUUAACAAUCAAGAAACCCACUUUAAUUCCCAGAAUUUUCUCAACCUUUCGAGGUUUUUCGAGCUUAAAUUCUUCCCAUUUUCUGGGAAAUAAUUCAAGCUCUCAAACUGCUGUUACUUCCACCACAACAUGCACCAACUCCAAAUUUCCUGGAGGUUUGGAAGAUAGCAUUUGUGCUAUUCUCACGCUUGAUCGGUGGGAGUCACUGAACCACAUGGAAUAUAGAUUAGCUUCACUUAGACCAGUUCAUGGAAAAUUAGCUUUAAAAUUUCUCGAUUGGGUCAUUAAAAGGCCGGGUUUGGAGUUGAAUCACAUGCUCCAUAUGUAUAGUAUUACAAUUCACAUACUAGUUAGAGCUAGGAUGUAUGACUACGCAAAGUCACUCUUAAAGCGUGUAUCUUGUUUGGAUGUUGAUGUAAGUUUCAUUUUUGGAGCUCUUAUGGGAACAUAUCGACUUUGCCGUUCAAAUCCUUCAGUCUUUGAUCUCUUAAUGAGAAUUUAUUUGAAAUUGGGACAAGUAGAUAAUGCUCUGGAGACAUUUCAUUUGAUGGCUUCUCGGGGAUUUAUUCCAUCAGUUCAUACUUGCAAUGUGAUCUUAGCUGCAAUACGGCAGCAUCAGGUGGCUUGGGCCUUCUUUAAAAAAAUGCUUGCGAGAAGGAUUUGCCCUGAUGUUAGUACCUUUAAUGUGCUCUUGAACAUUUUAUGUGCUGAGGGGCAGCUUAAGAAAGCUGAGUAUCUCCUCAGGACGAUGGAAGAAUCUGGUUACGUCCCAAAUGUGGUUACGUAUAACACUAUGCUUGGUUGGUAUUGUAAGAAUGGAAGGUAUAAAGCUGUCUGUGACCUUAUGGAUCAGAUGACUUGUAAAGGUAUUGAAGCUGACACAUAUACGUAUAAUAUGCUUAUCAAUAGUUUAUGUAGAAAUAAUAGGAGUGCGAAGGGGUAUCUACUGUUGAAAAGGAUGAGGAAGAAGAAGAUACUACCCAAUGAGGUGACUUAUAAUACUCUUGUUAAUGGGUUUGUCAAGGAAGGGAAGCUUGAAGUUGCUGAUAAAGUUUUUGAGGAUAUGGCGCGGCUUGAUCUUAACCCGAACCAUAUCACCUAUAAUACAUUGCUUGAUGGGCAUUGCAGUCAUGGCAGUUUUCAGGAAGCCUUCAAAGUUCUUUGUAAAAUGGACGCUGUGGGGCUUGCACCUAACGAAGUCAGCUAUGGGACUUUGUUGAAUGGGCUAUGCAAGCAUGCCAAAUUUGAACUUGCAAGAAGUGUAUUAGAGAGCAUGAAAUCAAAAGGUAUCACUGUUAGUUGCACCAUGUACACAAUGAUGAUGGAUGGGUUUUGUAAAAAUGGGAUGCUCACUGAAGCUGUAGAUUUGCUAGCCGCAAUUUCAAAGGACGGCGCUUGUGCUGAUGUGAUCACAUAUUCUGUGCUAAUCAAUGGAUUCUAUAGGCUAGGAAAGAUGCAUAAUGCGAAGGAAAUAUUAUGUAAGAUGUACAAAACAGGAAUCCGACCUAACAGGGUCAUAUAUGCAACAAUGAUUUAUAAUGCUUGCAAACAAGGAAGAGUUAAUGAGGCCUUGAAACAUUAUGCAGCCAUGAACUUUGAUGGGCACGAAGCUGAUCUUCAAACUUGCAAUUUGUUGGUUUCCUCUCUUUGCAACAGUAAAAUGUUUCAGGAGGCUGAGGAUUUCGUGCAACAUGUGACUAAACCAAGUGCCAGACCUAAUUCUGUAACCUUUGAUUGUAUGAUUGAUGGUUAUUCAAAUUUAGGCAAAGUGUCCAAAGCAUUUUCUUGCUUUGAUGAGAUGAUUAAUCUUGGUCAUGAUCCAAGCCCUUCCACGUAUGGAAGUCUUCUGAAAGGAAUUUGUAGGGGUGGAAACUUCAAGAUAGGGAAAAGAUUUUUCCAGUUGCUGCGUAAUAUUUCUGGUAUGCCCGAUGCUUUUGCCUACAAUACAUUGAUCGCUGCCAUGUGUGAAUCAGGCAGAUUGGCAGAAGCAGUAGACCUCUGCAAUGAAAUGAUCCGAAAUGAUAUUCUUCCUGAUAAUCACACAUAUGUUACUCUUCUGAGUGGUUUGUGUAAAAAGGGGAAAGUUGUUGCUGCACUUCUCUUUCUUGGAAAUUUGACUAGUAGAGGAAUUUUAUAUCCUUGCCAAGUGGUAUAUACAAUACUGAUUGAUGCUUCAUUUAAGGCUGGCCAUCUAGACGCUGCUUCCUAUUUAUAUGAUAAUAUGGUGAGGGAAGAGGUCUACCCUGAUGUAGUUGCUGCAAAUGCUAUUAUAGAUGGAUAUUCUAGGAAGGGACAAAUGGUUAAGGCACAUGAAGUUCUGCAGUGGAUGAGUGGAAACUCUUUUCCAAAUUUGGCUUCUUAUAACAUCCUUUUACAUGGGUAUUCAAAGAUGCAGGAACUAUCAAAAUGCUUCAUUUUGUACAAUUCUCUAAAAAGCAAGGGAUUUCUUCCUGAUAAUUUAACACAGCAUUCCCUCAUUCUAGGACUCUGUGAGACACAAGCAGUGGAGCUUGCUGUGAAAUGUUUGAGGAAGAUGAUAUUGGAGGGAAGUAUACCUGAUCAGUCGACAUUUAACAUGCUUAUCAGGAAAUUUUGUGAAAGUAGUGAGAUGGAGAAGGUAUUCGAACUGACUGAUGUGAUGCUGAAAAUAGGAGUGCAAACUGAUAGAACUACCUAUGAUAAUGUCAUCAUUGGACUCACUAAAAAGUCAGCUUUCCAGGAAGUGCAUAUGGUUUUUCAUGAAAUGCUGGGAAAGAGUUAUGUUCCUACACGCAGACAAUAUACAACAUUGAUGAAAGGUUUACUUAGAGCAAGAGAUAUAGCGGGUGCAUUCAGGCUCAGAGAUGAGAUGGAGGCCCUUGGCGUGAGCUCCUCUGAUGUAGCUGAUAGUGCUAUGGUUAGGGGACUUGUGAAAUGUGGAAAGAUUGAUGAUGCAAAAUUGAUUUUUGAUAGCAUACUACGGAACAAUUUGGUUCCAUCUGCUCUCACUUUUACAACUUUGAUGCAUGGGCUUUGCAAAGAGGCCAGGGUCACAGAGGCUCUAAAAUUUCGGGAAAUUAUGGAACAAUAUAAACUAAAACCUGAUGUGAUUUUGUACAAUGUGCUUAUUUCAGGUCUUCAUGCUAAUGGUGAUAAUGAUGAGGCUUUUGAAUUGUAUAAAGAGUUGAAACAAAAGGGUCUUUGGGCUAACAUUACUACUUUUGAGAUUCUCAUCAGUGCCGUUCUUGCUAGUAAGGAUCUUGAAAAGGGUGAAACUCUUUUGAUGGAUAUGCUAGAAAGGGGAUUCAUAUCUCAAAUUGGAAGCUCAGAUGACAUGCAGCAGCUUUUGAUAUCUGCUCUGGACACCCUGAAAAUGCUGCGAAAAAAGGCAAAUAUUGGCUAGGUUUAUUAACAACCAGGCUUGGGCAAAUUAAGUAACAGGAUGCCUGAUUACAAAUAUUUGUCCAAGUUCAUAUUGGUUCUCUUCAAGAGUUCAAGCUGAUCAGGCUUGCUUUCCAUAUUGGUUUUCUUGCGGUGCGUUAAUCAUGUGGAGACAGCACUGCUACAAUAUGAUGGCUAUAUGAUGGCUUGAAGACUUGACAGAUACCUUCUGUUAGAUGACAUUCUUCCAAUAUGCUUUACUCUGGCUCUUGGCGUCUUGCAUGAUAUAACCUUCCAGCGAAAUCCUAAUUCUGUCUCCCAGACUGAAAAUCUAUCUUACAUCAUCUAUGUUGGAAGCAUGAAUGAUGUUUAUGAUAGUUCUAGACCUUACUUUUAGCAUGUAUGCAGAUGGGGAGAAACUUAUAACAGACUUGAGCUCUCUCUAUUAUGCUCCCAGUAUAAUUGAACUUUGGAAUUGAAGAAUUUCUUCUUAUGCUGUAUUGGUCGCUGAUUAUGAGCUUCAAUCUGAGGGGAGAAAUGUAAUAGUGUUACAGAGGAAACAAAGCACAAGUAUGUUUAUCUUGUUGCUGACCAUAUUUUGACGAAUGAUAUCCAUCCCCAAAUCACUUCAUUCCUUGAAGGUUUUUAUGAUUUUGUGCCUCGGGAGUUGAUUUCUAUUUUCAAUGAUAAAGAGCCUGAACUCCUUAUAGGUGGACUUCCAGAAAUUGACUUGGAUGAUUUGAAGGUCAACACAGAGUAUACUGGCUACACUGUUCCUUCCAAUGUCAUUCAGUGGUUCUGUGAGGUUGCAAGCAGUUUCAGGCUUUCAGCAAGGAAGACAUGGCAAGGCUGCAACAAUUUGUUACUGGAACGUCAAAGGUGUGCACUGGUUUUGCUGUAUCUUAUGCCAGUUGGUAUAUUGACUUCUGACUUCCCAACUUCCCAUUGACUGCCAAAAAUAGCAAGCCCAGCGUCAGUGCCAAGCUAUAGAGGAAUUCGCCUUUGCUACAUGCCUACAAUUCAUGGAUUCAAGUGCUAGUACUUUGGCUUCAAUACAGGAAGUUAAUACUUCUGGGAAACCUAGUAAUUUCAGUCUUGGUUCCAGCUGAGAAAGGAUAGUAUGUAUAAUCAGAUCAGCAGCAACAAGCUAAGUAAUUGCCAAGCAAGGAUCUGUACUAUCUUGAGUGUUUCAGCCGCUCAGUUAGAAGCUUUAGCUGUCCUUAACGUCAAAAACCUCGUUGAACGUGGCUUGACAGGAAGCAAGAUUUUACCCAACCAUGCGGAAAUAGACUGAAUGAUUAGAGACAAAGCCGAUUCUUAAUAAAAUAUUUGCCGCGAUCAUUAAGCUGAUCGUUAAGUUUAGUGAUGAAAUCAUUUCAUACUAUACUAUGUUUUUAAAGUUCCUAGGACUGUAUUAUAUGGUAGAAUUCAUCAUCUGGCAUUCUGGCAACUACAAAGUACUUCCUUGUAUAUUAUAACCAAAAAUUGACUCCAUUAUACAAUUAUUUGUUUGAGGAAA